UUAACUGUUAAAAUUACGCAUAAGUAUGUAAAGUAUUCGUGCGCUCAUUUGCACAUUGCCAUGGUGAUGUGGAAACGAAGGCAACUUGAGUACAAAUGAGAGUGCGGUUAUUGCGCAAAUCGGAGUCACACUCAUUUGAAGUUACGAUACUGCGGUAUUGGAUUCGCGAACCGAAGACAACUCACUGAGUUUAUGUAGAACCGGGAACGCGUACAGAUGUACAUUCGCAACCACGCGUUGCAGUCUAAAGCUAAGAGCAAGAGGAUAAUAAAUAAAUAAUAACCAUAAUCAUAAUAAACAUAACAAAAAGCAGUAAUGUGCGUUCUAGGUGCAUGUAAUCACAUGUCGGUGUAGACAAAGUGCUGUGAGUUGAAUGAGAAAUGUGAAGGGAGCAUCCCAUCGGAUAAAAUGAAAUCGCUGCCAAGUCGCCGAAAACACAGUUUAUUAAGAGAGAAUUUACAUAUGUACAUACAUAUGUAUAUUAUCCAGAGGGUGUAGUGACCCAAAAAUCAUAUAGGAAAAUUGUCUGAAAAGAAUGGAAGUGCAAUAAAAUUUUUAUACACAGAAAUUCGCUUAAAGAGACAGCUACCUUUGCAGUGAAACUUAGCUGCAUAAAUAGACAUAUUCGAAUGCAAAAGUGAACUCGUCGAGUGAAAGACAAAAUUCGAAGCAAAUACAGAAGUGCAAAGCAAUUUCAGCGAAACGGUUAUAAAGUGAAAGCAACAAGAGUAGGGAUUGAGCAGCAACAGCCACGGCAAGGUACAUAGCUGCUUAAUUAAGGCAGGCAAUCUUCGUCGCAUACUCGCGCACUUGCCAAACAAAUAUUUUCACUUCAUCUCAACACACAAACACACACAUGCAGACACAUUAAUGCAUAUACUGGUAUACUUAUGUAUAUAAACAUAUAUCCGCACUUUAGGCAAGUGGAGUGUAUCAGCUUUUAGGCGCAGCCACCGCCGAAGCAGGAGCCAAGAAUAACAAACAUUGCAAGCGUCGAAAAGCAGAAUUUGCGGAAUCUACAGUGAAACACGUUUCCGCGAGAUGUUGGUGUGACAGCCGACUGGAGACGAUACCUUAUUGGCAUAGUUUAAAGCAUCCACCGGCGGCUAAGACAGUCGUUAGCCAAGUAGGCAUUGACUUUUCGAGACAGCAAACCUUGCGGCUUGCGUACGUACGUGUUACCGUUACACUGCUACCUAUCUAAAUGUUGUAAAGUUGAAGGAUUUUUGGUGCUGAGUAAACUCACACAUACACAUACCUUUGGCAGUGACUGUGGAUAGUCGCUAGUCGACGUUGUGCUAACCAAAUACUGCACUGCAGCAGCAUUUUGCAAAUACACCCACUUUCAUACGCAUAUCUAUAUAUGUACAUACAUAUACACGUUUAGUAUGUGUAUGUAAAUACAGUUUAAAAUCUGUUUUGUUUCAGUUGCACAUUUCACCAAAAAAACUGUGUAGUAGUGUGUGCACAGCAAAGAAUAACGGCAACCGACCGAGUCCCAACACUGUUGACGCCGCUUUGAACUUCGAUCCAUAGACGCUGUGUAGCCAACAAGGUCCCGUGGCGAGCCGUUCUUCGUCAGUUGCCAAUUAGUCGCCUACCGGUGCAAGUGCAUAAAGUUGUAGUGAAUCUGGCAAGUUGUUUAGCCUCAAUCGUUUCGCAUUUACCGAAUUAUCAAUGUAAAAAUUAAUUUAUACGUCUGCUAAACGAAAUCAGCUGUGAGUAGGUUAGUUCUGAAAGUGUUGUUUGUUGCUUAUUGAACGCGUAGAAGAGUGUGUGGAAUAAAGAAAACAAUAUAAAAUAGAUGAUCAAAUAAAAACGGUAUUCAGCCAAAUGAAACGAGCCGGAUAAUCGGUAUAAACUGCAACGCAUUCAAUAUCGUCGCGUACACACAUCUGCAAUAUACCGUUAUAGUCUCCGCAAACCACAAUUCGGUCGGUGGCUGACCUACUGCGUUCGCCUGCACCCAAACAACUAAUACAACAAAAUAAACAAGAGCAACACAAGCGACCGCAACCGAGGACUCGUUCAACAGCGCCUGACAUCAUCCGCCGCAUCGUACUCGACGUCCGCAUCGUCGUCUCAAGAUGACCACAGAUUUGUUGUUCCCGAAAAUUUCGGAUUGCUCAUACGUCUCGUGUUACUGCGAAGAGAAUGUUUGGAAACUUUGUGAACAAGUGAAGAAAACACGCAUCGAUGAACUUUCCAAGUGCUACGCGGUGUUCGUGUCAAAUGAGGGGCGCACGGUGCCGCUGUGGCGUCAAAAAGCAGGACGUGGCGAUGAUCAGGUCGUGAUAUGGGACUACCACGUCUUCUUUAUGCACAAUCCAUCGCCAAAUCGCUGCUUGGUGUUUGACUUGGACACGACACUACCUUUUCCUACAUAUUUUCACAAGUACGUAACAGAAACGUUUCGCUCGGAUCUUGCGCUGAGACCGGAACAUCACAGGUACUUCAGAGUCAUACCCGCAGAAACAUAUCUAAGUGAAUUUUCAUCCGACCGCCGCCACAUGCGAAGGCCAGAUGGCAGUUGGAUAAAGCCACCGCCGUCAUACCCGCCCAUACAGUCAAACAGCAAUGCGCAUAGUUUGGGUGACUUUAUCUGCAUGAAUGCGGGCAAAGGACCCGGCACCGUCUACAGCCUCUCGGAAUUCGUGCAAACCUUCUACAAGGCGCCGAAUGUGGUGGCGCAGCAGAACAACAAAUAAUAUCAACAUUGCUGAACAGCUAUCAAUGAAGUGCCAGUCAAGUUAACGAGCCGACAGUAGCGCCAAAACGCCGCAUGUGCACUUGCAGUAGAAAAUGAGAAAACGAAAGAGUUGCAACUGGACCAGUUGUUUACGCUUAGGUGAAUUAUUUAAUAGCAAUAGGGAGUGCAUUGAGGGUCGGCAACGUUUUGCAGGCAGUGAUGCGAUGUCGUGAGUGUCAACGUAAAGAUCAAAUAAAUAACAAUAACAGCAGCAGCAGCAGCACAUGCCAAUAAGUAGGGGAGCAGAAUUGAGGACAACAUGAAUAAGUUAUAGCAGGUUUCAGAAGCCAAUGCAGCGACCAUCAAGCAAACCAUAUUAUCGUCAGUAAAAGUUGCCUUCUAUGCCGCAGUCAAAUUGCUUGCUUACACUCGGCGCAGGAGUGCCAUGCAGGCUAUCAAUGAACAGCUGAAAAUGUCACUUAAUUUGCAUACAACACAAAAUCACCUUUAGCUUUAGCCAGGCACAGCUGCUAAGCUUUAACGACUGCAAGAUUCUCCAACAAGCGCCGAUUUGGCCUUUCGGUUCAUUCCGAUUGACGAUACUUCUAUUAUGCGCAGAACUACAUGAGCAGUCCUACCGCCUGCACCUCGCAACUCGUGGCUAGAAUGCUUUGCCAGCAUUCAGUAAAAAAUACUUUCCAAGUAUGCGCUAUGCCGAGGAAUAUUUUCAACUUUUAUGCAUGGCAUUCUAUUUGCUGCCGUUUUUGUUGGCUGCUCAUAUUUAUAACCAAGCAUCCUUGCCGACAUUGGCGCUAGCAUACCAAGUAGAAUUUGAUGGAUUCAUUGGCUUUAAUGGCCGCUGUUGAUGGCUUCAUGCUUGAUUGAAUAAUCGACUGUUGACCGACGGAUGGUUGCGGGCACCCGAUGCAUCGGCAUCAACAACAACAUUAGCUAGACGUCUGCCGAAAUCUCUUAUAAGUUGCUGCUAUUGGCAUGUGUCGACGUUUGUGGCGCAUUGGGAGAAAGGGUAUAAAUAUUCAGUGGGGUAUAUGCAUUUCGUGGCAUAAUGAUGGCGGAAGGCAAUAGAUAAGAAUGGAAAGAACUUUGUAAUCAAAGAUAACACAACAUAAACUAUUAAAUAUUAAAUUAAUGUUUAAAUCAGCAAACAGAUAGAAAAUAUAUUAACUAAUAUAUAGUUAGUAAUAAAUACAUGAACUAUUACAUUUACAAUAAAUAUCUGCUUAUAUAACUAAAAAAGACGUAACAAUAUCGUAAUUAUAAUGAUAACGUAUUUUUGUAUUCAGAUACAUGCUUAGAAGCAAACAAAAUAUAAAACAAUACAAUUAACUGAGGAAAAAAACAUACUAAGGUUUAUAAUUCAGCGAUAGAAAUUCGAAGAAAAUCCAAAAAAAAAAAUAUUUUAUAUAUUAUUAUAAUAUUAGCCAGUCAACAUGCAAAAUGCAUUCGGCAAAUUUUGAUCCAGUUUAUUAUAACCUAAUCCAAAUUUUUAAAGUCGCACUAAUUAAUUGGUGCAACGACUCUGUUAUUUCUGAGGCACUCUUAAUUCAUAGCUACAGCAAACAAACCGAAAAUGUUUUCUGAGUUGGUGUGUCGUGUGCCUGAGUUGGUGAUUUUGCGCAGGCACAGUACCAUUAAUAGUCUUUUGAAAAAAUUUACACUCGAGUUCAUAAUUUCACAUUUGAGAUAUGGAGACACAUAAGUUGCAAAAGAAAUAUAUAUUCAUUUAUUCAGAUUUUGAUGAAAGAAUUUCAAUUGCGAAAAGAAAGUUGAGCCUCAAUUUCAAAAGUCAGACUUUAAUUUGAAAACCUUAAUAUAUAACUCAAACGGCAGCGGCAAUAUAUUAAAUUUGCUCGACUUUAGCUUUUGUAUUUAUGGAAGACUUUGAAAUAUUACUUACACCUAUGUUAUCGAAAAAUUUGUUUCAUAUUUUUAGCACAUGUCUAAGGUACUAAAUAUGAUUACCGGUUCCGGUUCCGAAUAAAUUGUUUAGAAUACCUUAAAUUCAUUUCGAUUUAUCUAAGUCGAUUUAAGUCGUUUUAAAAUAUGGGCAUAAUAAUUAAUUAUCGAUAUACAUGUAUGUACAUAAGU